UAUAGCGUCUUCUUCUGUGUACAAAGUCUAGUUGACGUCCGUCAGUUCUUCAGAAACAACACUAAAAAGUCAAUACUAGUUUGUUUCUCGGCGUGUGUGUGUGUUACAGUCAAACGUGCCCCAUUCUAUGGAGUCUGUGGUCGAAGUUUUGGAGUCUUACAGAGGAAGAGAUAAAGUUAUCAGGACCUGUUGUUAUGGCUCGCAGCUUGUUGGAGGAGUUCUUUCCCGUAGGGCUGAAGCAGGCUCUUUUUCCCUGGGAAAAAGUUUACUCCGGUUUUCUGCUCAGCUCAGCCAGUGCAGGACGGUGCUGAGGCUGUUUGACGAUCUGUCCAUGUUGGCCUACUCUUGCAGUUAUGGGUUGGGAACCAGGGAGGAGGACGCGGGUGUGCGUUGGAUCUCCGUGCUAACCAACGUGGCCGACCAGCUUUAUUACCCCUGUGAACACAUUGCAUGGGCAGCUGAUGCUGAGCUCAUCAAAGUGAAGUCUGAAGAAUGGUGGCUUUUCACCACAGUGCUGUGGGGGACCUCGCUGCUUCUGGGGAUACUCAGAUCAUUCCGAAUUCUUCUGCUGAUGAGGAAGCAGCUGAGGAGAUCAAGGACAGACAGCAUUAUCAACGGUCGUUUUCAGCUCCAUAAACAGAUGAGAGAGGAGUUUCUUUCCAUUUUCAGUAAAACAGCGGAUCUCUGUAACGCCAUCCACUGGAUGCCACCUGGUUUCCUGUGGGCCGGUCAAUUCCCUCGAUGGUUGGUGGGACUGAUGGGAACAAUCUCAUCUGUGAUUGGUUUAAUGCAGAUGAGCAGUGGCAAUGGUGACUAGACAGCUCCAAAAUGAUGACAAAAUAAUUAAAUAAAUAAAUGUGAAUUCUGACAAUAAAGCACAGUUUUAAU